CAAACGCCAACCAAAAAGCAAAAGGCUCCCAUCUGAAAACUCAAAUUAAAGCUCCUUUUUUUAUAUUUUUUCCUUCAUUCUGAAAAGCCUUUUAGCUUUCUUUCUUUAUCCAAUGGAAGAAGACAGCGAGGGUUUGACUCCAUUUUGGGCACAAGGAAACACCGGUCCCCGCCGGAGGGAUCGACUUCUCAGCCGCUCAGAGUCCGGCGUUUUCAGCUCCGGCGUCCUGGCCUUCCUCCUCCUUGUUUCUGCCAUUGUCUUUCUUCUUUUCAUUGGUCAGCAUUCCAGCACCAGCACCGUCCUCCGGCCGACGGAAGUCAAGAAAAAUUGGGACUCGCUGAAUAUUCUUUUGGUUUUUCUGGCAAUUAUUUUCGGGUUACUGAGCAGGAACAAGAAUGAGUCUCAGAAAUCGAAUCCCUCAACACCCAAUUGGAAUAGUUACAGAGAAGAAGAUGUUCAACGACCGGACCCGCCAAUUGUUAAUCAGUGGGUCGAGAGCUCCAAUCGAAGCUCAUUUAAUGGUCGCGGCGACGCUUCUGGCGGUUUGCGGCGGACUUAUGGAUCUUACCCUGACCUCUGCGAAAUGUCGCCGCGGUGGGUCUCCCCCGACGAUCAGUGGCGGUUUGUUGAUGAUACCCUUGUUGAUUCUUGGAAAUCGAAUGACUCCGGGAACAUGAAUCGGCGCAAGGGCUGGAGGGAUACUGAUCGGAGUCCGGAGGCGGAAAGCAAGAACCUUUAUGCGGACAUGGACGCGCAAUCGAUUAAGGAAGAGACAAAAGCACCAACACCGCCAACACCGCCGCAGCCCACGGCUGCGGCACCAAAAUCUGAACAAGUUCGAUCCGAAUGGGAGACCAGCGCUCGGAAUAAGAGGGAUUAUGAUGCUGAAUCAAACAUCCCCGCAUCUCCACAGCCGCCUUUCACUCCUCCUCCACCGCCGCCUCCCCCUCCUCCACCGCCUCGGUUGCUUGAUUCAAAAAGCAGCAAAAUUGAGCGGAAGCGAGGCGGAACAAGUGCGACUAAAGAGUUUAUUAUAAACUCUAUUUAUCACAAGAAGAAAAGAAAACACAGAUCCAAGAGCUUGGACAACUUGGAUUUCCAGAUGUCCCCGCCGUCUGCUCCACCGCCUCCGCCGUCUUCCUCUGUCUUUCAAAAUUUGUUUUCAUCGAAGAAACCUAAACAAAAGAAAAAAGUCCGACCUGCCUCAACGCAAAGGACCCCCCCACCGCCACCUCCGCCGCCGUCAGCUUCAUCAAGAACGCCCCCCAUCAACAGACUUAAAGCAACACCAGUUGGUGAAAUGGCUAAAAUUGUCGUAAUGGUGGAAGAGAAAUCCAACUCGGGCGGUGACUCCCCAUUGAUCACGAUACCUCCGCCGCCUCCGCCUCCGCCGCCGUUCUCAACAAAGCCGGCUUGGAAGUUUGUCGUGAAGGGUGGGUACGUGAGAGUUGAUAGCUUCGCCAGUUCCCGCUCGGGUUCGCCGGAUCUUGAUGAUUCCGAUGUCACCCCAACCGCAGCGGAAGCCGGAGAUGAACCGAACCAGUUUCCGCCAUCACCAUUGUUCUGCGCUAGCCCGGACGUGAACACGAAAGCUGAGAAUUUCAUUUCAAAUUUCAGAGCUGGGCUGAAAUUGGAGAAGUUGAAUUCUGUGAAAAUCCAAGGCCCGGGCCCUUCCAAUCUGGGCCCAACACUACUAUCCAAAUAGUCACAAAAAAUGGAUUUGGAGCCUCUUUUGGCAAAGUAGGGUGCCUGUCUUUUGGCAACCCUCCGAUCAAAAAUUCAACGGUUGACGAUCCUGAGGUCCGUAUCUCGAGGGCCGCCAUUCUUAUCAUCCGCCCGUCCUUUGUGAGGAUCUGAAUCCCAAAAAAAUAUGCUACGUAUUUCGUUAAUAUUUUCUUUGUUCAAUAAUUAUUUGAUUUUUUUUAUUUGUACGGAGUAUAUCUUUACUUCUUUUUCAUGUGGUAAAAUCUUGUAAUUCACACGUUUUUUGGACGAUUAGAAGGUCUCUGGUUUUCCAUGGUAAUGGUGUGUUCAUUUUUUAUUUUAUUACUCGGUAUUUGUUUGGAAUAAAUGAAUAAUUGCGGUGUUGUUUAUGAUUUUUUUGCCGAAUUGUUUUUAUCAUAUUGGACAUA